AUGGAGGACGUCAAGAAAGGCGAGAGGCUCAUCCCAACGCCGAAAUGGUUCAUCGCCCUGCGCGUGCUCCAGAUCGUUAUCGCCGUGGUCGUCGUCGGCCUGGCGGGCUGGUGGAUUCAUGGGCUCUACUAUGAUGCACUCGGUUUCGCCAUCUUCUGCGGCCUCUUCACCUGGAUAAUAGCCCUCUACGCAAUCCUAACCGAGCACACGCCCGCCUGCCGCCGAGCCUACAACACGUGGGCGAUCCUGGCCCUCGACGGCGUCAUGGUCGUAUUCUGGCUGGCCGCGCUCGGCGCCGUCGCCCACCUGAGAUCGACGUUCACCGUCGACGUGCAGGCUUCGUGCUCCAGCGACGGAAGUGCCGUCAACUCGGGCCACUGCACCGUGUACAAUAAGCGUAACGACGACGAUGUCGUCGGCGUCGCAACUGACGGCGCGCUGGCUGUGCUGUCCGGCAUCGCGGGGAUCUGUGCUAUCGUCAUGCUGCUGUUCGUCGCGACGUUUGCGUACGUGUGUCAUUACUUUCGCCUCGCGUAUGUCGGGCGGGAGGGUGGUGGUAGCGACGGUGGUGAGGCGGAGAAGGGCGCUGGGGCCACGGAGUUGAAUGCUGGGAUCCCUCCGCAGCAGCAAUCACAACCGCUUCUGCAUCAGCAGAACCAGAAUGGCUGGGCCGGACAGCAACAGCAGCAGCAGCAGACUGGGUACCCGGUCUACGGUCAGGAUACGGCGUACGACCCGUAUGCUCCGCAAAACACGGUGUAUUCGCCUCAGCACGUUGGCCAUCCCCAGCAGACUUACAGCCACUAA